CCAAUUUUCUGACAAUAAAUCUAAUCUCCUGAUGCUGUUUUGAUUCUUCUGUAAAGACUUGACACAAUGGGUUAUUUCCUGUCAUUCUUCUGCAAUUGCAUAAUUAUUAUGGAGUAAACAAAGGGUGUGUUAUGGUCCAUCCACAUGCAUACGUGGCUGCAUGUGUGCAUUGGCGACACAAACAAACAGAGGCUCUGUCAGUACAGUAGGUGUCAGAGAGUCAUGGCGAUCUUUAACCACUUGUUGCUUGUUUCGUUGCUGCUGUCGCCGCUGGUGCUGAGCUACCCUUUUUACCCACCGACAUGCUACACCAAGGUGCUGAGCAUGGCACGAGAGCUCACCCAGUGGGCAGCGGAUUUAAAGAGGGACCCUGAAACUGGUUUCUGCAUGGCACACAUGCCAGAUCUCUACCUUGAUGUCCAUAAUGCUUGUGUGAUGUACAAAAUGAGGACCUACAUCUCCCUGGUGGAAGGCCUGCGACAGCGCCGCUGCGCUUACACUAGAGACGUGAGGAAGCUGGGUGUCACUCUGAGACAGCUCUUCAUCAUCAUGGCAGAGAAAUGUCACGGGGACUUGGUGUUCACGAUCUAUGACUGUGCUGCACUGGAGCGCUAACACACUGGAUCCUGAAAUGACAAUAUCACUGUCAAAGAAAG